AUGCCAAGAAAGAGUUGGUUGCUGAUUCUACCGAUUGUGAUUGUUUUGUUUGUCAAUACGACCACGAAGAAUCAUGUGUGCGACCACGAGGCGCCGAUAUCAGACGAAGAACGAGUAAAGCUGUCUCCUGAUAUCCGCGACAGAAUGGUCAAAGCGCUAGAAUUCAAAACAAUCUCUGUGGAAGAUGGAAUGGAGGAUAUAUACUCGAACGAGUUUGUCAAAUUUUGGCAUUAUAUUUAUGAGCAGUAUCCGCGGAUAUUUUCUUCUGAAGAUCCUGACGUACAAGUUGAUCGUAUCGAAUUUGAAAACGGCAAAGAAACCAUUGUGGUGAUUAUCGAAGGCACGGAUCGAACUCUCAAGCCUGGACUCUUUAUUAGCCAUGCGGAUGUUGUUCCGGCUAUUCGCAAAGAAUGGACACACGACCCUUUCAAACCAUUUGUGACCGAGGACUUCGUCCAAGCGCGAGGAGCAUACGACUGCAAAUCAAUCUUGAUGGCACAGUUGGAAGCACUCCAUGCACUCUUGCUCAACGGCGAAAAACCACCUAGAAAAACUUAUUUCCUCUUCCCUCAUGAUGAAGAAGUUGGUGGCUUCGGAGCGCAGGAAGCAGCGAAGAUUUUCCGAGAAAGAUACAAUAUUCAAUCAGAUGGCUUUGCGUUUAUUAUAGACGAAGGAAUGCCUCCCAUCCGAAACGGAUUGCCCGGAGUUACAAAGCCUUUGCUUACUAUUGGGUACACCGCAAAAGGAUAUCUGACAGUGGAACUGACAGUGAAUUAUGCGAAAGUCGGACAUGCAUCGAUCCCUGAAAAAGAGAGCUCGAUAACGAUUCUAUCGGACGCAUUGAGUCGCAUAAACGCGAAUCCGCAGCCAAAUCAAUUCGGCAAGUCUAUCGAGGUUGAAAUGAUGGAAGGUCUGGUUCCUUAUCUCCCUUGGACGAUCAAGCCAGUCAUAGCCAAUUUGUGGCUCUUCAGGCCGCUUGUAGCUCUCGCAGCUAACUUCGACAAGCAAAUGAAUGCAUUCUUCAGAACAACUAGUGCCAUUACUAUUUUCAACGCUGGAUACAAGUCGAACGUGAUCCCGAUUCAAGCACGCGCCGUUGUUAAUCAUCGAAUCCAUCCUGGGCAAACAAUAUCGCAAGUACUAGAACAUUUGGAACGCGUUAUAGAUGAUGAUCGGGUGCUCAUAACGCAAGAAGAAGGGGCACUUGAAGCUGACAAAGUCACACCCAGAGACUCGCUGUAUGGACGUAAAAUCGUGCACUCUCUCAAUAGGACAAUCAAAGACAUCAUUGCUAUUCCUGGCAUUUUCCUGGCUGCGUGCGAUGCUCGUUGGUUGCAGGAUUUCUCGGAUCAUAUUUUCCGCUUCUAUCCAUUUGUGAUGGAGAAGGAAGACCUACCAGGAAUACAUGGUCGAGAAGAAAAGCUUCGAUGGCAGAGCUACGAAGACGGCAUUAACUUUUAUCUUGACUUUUUUCGUCACAUGGAUGAAAACGACUUACCUCCAGGUCACACUGAACUCUAG